AAAAAAAAAAAGUUGUGAAAUUUGGCGCACUGAUUGACAAGACUUUAAGGAACAUUCUGAUCAAACUUAGGACGAGUGCUGCCAACGCUCUAGCGCCACCAUCUGGUCAAAUUUGGGCCUAAUUCGGAAGUACUUUUAUAGUCAGAACUUUUGAACCCUGUGUCCAAAAUUUAAAAUCCAGCCAUUCCUGAGUUGAGGAUUCCCCUGGUCUAGCCAAGUUCAACGCACCCUAUGACGUCAAUUCCCACCUAAUGAAAUUUUCCGCCAUCUUGGAUUUUGUCAAAACCUGUUUUUCUUCUAUUAUUAUUAUUAUUAUUAAGUUAACGGGAGUGCACGCUCGCGCGUCGUUCCCAGCACCCCGCCUCUUCCUCGCUCCUCCUCUCCCCGUCUGCUGCCACGUAAUCCCGUUGAAAGCGGCGCACGAGCUCCGCGGAAACAAGCGCUCGAGCGGAAGCCGACACUUUCAUUACCGACUGAAGAACUUAAACUACCGCUCGUCCAUACACACACACACAGAGACACGCAAAAAGAAAUCUAGCCGCGCGUGAACGGUGUUAUGUACACGGAGGCUGUUAGAGAGUCACGAGGUUAACGACCCGUAGCGUGCGAUUUAUCCGCAGCUGUAAACGACUCGCCGUGUGUGAGCGUGUGCGCCAGGACUUGCAGAUGCCAUGCGUCAGCUGAAGGGCAAGCCGAGGAAGGAGUCGUGGAAGGAUAAGAAGGAGCGGAAGCAGGCGAUGCAGGAGGCGCGUGAGCAGGUGGCCACCGUCGUCCUGCCCACGCUCGCCGUCCUCAUCCUCCUCAUCGUCCUCUUCGUCUACGUCGCCACCCGACCCGGAGCCGUCCAGUAGCCGUCCCUUCCCUUAUUCCCUCUUUCUACACCUGGCUAUUUAUACAUGGUGCGUUCUAGUCCUGUAUUUAAUUCGCCCUCGUCCGCUUUCCCUUGUUUCUGUCAACUAGUUGCUAGUUAAUAUGCUGAAAUAACGAAAGUGGUUACUAAUCAAUCCCAUAAUGCUCCACGGUGCAGUGCAAUGUCAAUUCUCAUGGCAUAUAACAAAGCAUUUGGGCUUAAGUGUCCUACAUCCUAUACAGUACGAGUGUAUAAUAGCUUGAAUGAAAUGGAUCAUACAAAGUGAGGUUAAGUCGACAAGGGCGCAUUAAAAACAGGAUUGGAACGCACAGUUAAUAUUUAAAAGCAUUUAAUUCUCCAAGGAGAUAACUCUCAGCUACAUUGCUCCUGCUGUCGAGGUCAAGAAUAUACCUCUCCUAGUGCUACAAGUGCAGAGGAAGGCAACGAGGACACCAUCGAAAUCGGUAUUGGAACGCAACCCCCGCUUCCCUUCCUCCCUCUAAACCCCUGGAUGUCCAUUUCAACAAACUCGAAUCAAGCAGGACCAUUUCCUCCAGCCACCAUGUGACGAGGUGAAACAGGCCGCCAUUUUGGCUCUGUCAAAGCUUGAACCUUAUGCUUUUGGCGGCCAUGUUGGCCCCGUAUUGUGUUUACAGGGUUUCAGUUUCAUGCCAAAGCAACCGAGAUUCAGGAAUUGCAUCAGGACCUGUGAGGAACGUUCCAAACAUCAGGACUGAACCGAAGCGUGUACACACACACACACACACACACACACACACACUGUAUUAAUCAUACACUGAUAAACUUGCAAUCAGUUCAAGGAGAUGCCAAAACACACGUUUUUUUUCUGUGAAAUACCAUCAACAGCAUUUACAAUUCAGAUAUGGUUGAAAAUGUUUUAUUUUUUUAUCACGACGCUACAACUGAUAAGUCAUUUCCCUAAUUUAACACACUCAUAAUUUAUGUCUGUGUCCCAAACGCUAGUUCGCCCACUAGUUAGUGUUUGCUAACAUUACACAAGCUUUAUUAUCUUUAACAAAACGUUAGCAUUAUUUGUAAUGUAGUUAGCUUUAUUAUGGUUAACACAGUUUUUAUUCCUCUGUAAUGUAAAGUUAUCAUUUACAUAAAGUUAGCUUUACUGUCCUUAACAUGAAGUUAGAGGUCGUGUGUUUAGCUUCCUCUUGUCGUUGGUCAGAAUUUACCUCAGGGUGCUGUUUCAUGUCUUAUUAACGAGGUAGUAUUUUGGAAAACUAUCUCAAAUCACACGUUAUUUCUUUAAAUAAAUUCAUACACCAGCGUUUGGGACACAGUCCGUGUGUGUGUGGAGUGUAUUGUGUUAGCAUUGAAGCUAAUCUCUGAGCUUCAGGGAAACUGGGUCUUUUCUGUUGCGGUGUUCACACACAAAACACCAUUUUAUCCCCAAAACGUUCCUGUUCUAAUGUAAACACCACUUUUACAUGAAACUACGUCGAACACAUGAAAAUAAGCAUGGUAAUAUUUGUAGCUAUGGUGUAUACGUGAAGUUUGGAUGAAAUGUGCUGAAGAUGAGGAUGUUUUUAGGACAUUUGUUGCACUCGAUAAGACCAGCAGGCCAAAGCGUUUAAGAAACGUGCUAAUGCUAACUCUCUCAGCGCUCACUCACAGCCAUCCUUGAGUGUAAUGUGAUUUAGAAAACCCUCAGUGUUGAGAAACAGCGUCCCCUGCUGGGCGUAAUUAACUAUAUCUCUACACACUUCCCUUCAGGCAAUGUUCCUCCCGUGAUUAACUGAAACAACUUGCUUUCUUUUUGCUUUAACAACAUUCAGCAGCUGACUGAAUAUUAGAACUUGCCAGAAAUGUAUGAAAAGCAGAAUAUUAAGCGCACUCAUGGCUUAAAAGUCCCAGCUUAUGAUAUUGUCAGCACCAAAAAUAUUGGGACACGUCGUAAACACAAUCGUCAUCCCAUUCUCACGUUAUUCUUCAUAAAGCAUUUGCAUUUUAUUUCUGCACAUAAGUGGACCUGCGAACCAAAUCUGAAAUCAUUGUGCCUUGAUCAGAUGUGUGUAUGGAUGUGUUCCCACGACAAAGUGUGUGUAUAUUAAUGUUCACAGCAGCCAGCAACACACACACACACACACAUAUACAUAAAUAUAUACACACACACACACAAAUUCUUUAGCUAGCCUUCAGUUAGCAAUGUGCCUUAGGAAUCUAUUAAAAACUAUAUUUAA